CUGAAACUGAAGCAACAGUCCCAGCAGCUUUCAGAAUGACAGUCUGCAGGAGUGAGCUGAGCGUGUGCGCGGCGGCGGAACCGGGCUCUCCUGCCUUCUGGGCUCCAACGCAGCUCCGUGGCUGAACUGGGUGCUCACCGCCACGGGACCGCCGGGCUAUGGAAUACAGAUGUGGCAGUACAGGUAGCCCCACGUCGCCUAGAGGAAUACAUCAUGGGUUUUGAGAAGAAAUUGUAGAAGCCAAUUUUUUUUUAACACACACACACACACACACACACACACACACACACACACACACACACACUGUAAAGAUGCAAAAACGUAAUAUCCAUGAAGAUCCUAUUACCUAGGAAGAAUCGGAUGUUUUGCUGCGAAUGCGGUGUUGGGAUUUAUUUGUUCUUGGAGUGUUCUGCAUGGCUGGUAAAGAAUAAUGUUCCAAAAUCGGUCCAUCUCCCAAGGGGUCCAAUUUUUCUUCCUGGGUGUCAGCGAGCCCUGACUCACUACCCUGCAGCUGACAGGGGCUGUCAUGCAGGCGGCCCCUAAGCCAAAGCAAAAGACCUAAGGACGGCCUUUGAACAAUACAAAGGAUGGGUUUCAAUGUAAUUAGGCUACUGCGCGGAUCAGCUGUAGCGGUGGUCCUAGCCCCCACUGUCUUUCUGACCAUGCUCUCUUCUGCUGAACGAGGAUGCCCUAAGGGUUGUAGGUGCGAGGGCAAAAUGAUAUACUGUGAAUCUCAGAAACUGCAGGAGAUCCCCUCAAGCAUAUCUGCCGGUUGCUUGGGUUUAUCCCUUCGCUACAACAGCCUCCAAAAACUUAAGUAUAAUCAAUUUAAAGGGCUCAAUCAGCUCACCUGGCUCUACCUUGACCAUAACCAUAUCAGCAAUAUUGACGAGAAUGCUUUCAAUGGGAUACGCAGACUCAAGGAGUUGAUUCUGAGUUCCAACAGAAUCUCUUAUUUUCUUAACAACACCUUCAGACCUGUGACCAAUUUGCGGAACUUGGAUCUGUCCUAUAAUCAGCUCCAUUCUCUGGGAUCUGAACAGUUCCGGGGCUUGAGGAAGCUGCUUAGUUUACACCUCCGCUCCAACUCGUUGAGAACCAUCCCGGUGCGGAUCUUCCAAGACUGUCGCAACCUGGAACUUCUGGACCUGGGGUAUAACAGGAUCCGAAGUUUAGCCAGGAAUGUCUUUGCUGGCAUGAUCCGACUCAAAGAACUUCACCUGGAGCACAAUCAAUUUUCCAAGCUCAACCUGGCCCUUUUCCCAAGGUUGGUGAGCCUUCAGAACUUGUACAUGCAGUGGAAUAAAAUCAGUGUUAUAGGGCAAACCAUGUCCUGGACUUGGAGUUCCUUACAGAGGCUUGACCUGUCUGGUAAUGAGAUAGAAGCCUUCAGUGGACCUAGUGUCUUCCAGUGCGUCCCCAAUCUGCAGCGCCUCAAUCUGGAUUCCAACAAGCUCACAUUUAUUGGUCAGGAGAUUCUGGAUUCUUGGAUCUCUCUCAAUGACAUCAGUCUUGCCGGGAAUAUAUGGGAAUGCAGCAGGAAUAUCUGCUCCCUGGUAAACUGGCUGAAAAGUUUCAAAGGGCUGAGAGAGAAUACAAUCAUCUGCGCCAGUCCCAAAGAGCUGCAGGGGGUAAACGUGAUCGACGCGGUGAAGAACUACAGCAUCUGUGGUAAAAGCACCACCGAGAGGUUUGACCUGGCCAGGGCGCUCCCCAAGCCCACGUUUAAGCCCAAGCUCCCCAGGCCCAAGCAUGAGAGCAAGCCUCCGCUGCCCCCCACGGUGGGAGCCACUGAGCCCAGCCCAGAGACAGAUGUGGACACGGAGCACAUCUCCUUCCAUAAGAUCAUCGCGGGCAGCGUAGCCCUCUUCCUGUCCGUGCUGGUCAUCCUCUUGGUCAUGUACGUGUCCUGGAAGCGGUACCCCGCCAGCGUGAAGCAGCUGCAGCAGCGCUCCCUCAUGCGAAGGCACCGGAAGAAGAAAAGGCAGUCGCUCAAGCAAAUGACUCCCGGCACCCAGGAAUUUUAUGUCGAUUAUAAACCCACCAACACGGAGACCAGCGAGAUGCUGCUGAACGGAACGGGACCCUGCACCUAUAGCAAAUCAGGCUCCAGGGAAUGUGAGAUACCUUUAUCAAUGAAUGUGUCAACCUUUCUGGCAUACGACCAGCCCACAAUAAGUUACUGUGGGGUCCAUCAUGAACUUCUCUCCCAUAAGACCUUUGAAACGAAUGCACAGGAAGAUACCAUGGAAAGCCACCUAGAGACUGAGCUGGACUUGAGCACAAUCACGUCAGCUGGCCGCAUCAGUGACCAUAAACCACAGCUGGCUUGACCGAGCUGAGCGGUAGCCCAGGCUUGCUACCCAACUGUGACCUCAACGACAGAAAGAGGAAAAUUUGUUCAUUGCAACUCUCAAAAACAAAAACAAAAACAAAAAUUCCCCUGUUCAAAUAAACAAAAUUCCAAGAUUGGUUCAUGAAAUAAAUGAAGACAUGAAUUGUUUCAAGUCUAUACUUUGUAACUAGCUAAGUUGUGCAGUAUUUUUUUGACUUUGACAGAGAAUGGCCCUGAAAAAAAAAUCAUUUUUUCCAAAACUCAUCCUACCUACGUGUAAAAAUUGUACAGCGCUAAUGUAUUUUUUCAUAUUAUAAAGUUUCAAUUCUAGGAACAACUGGUAUGUACAGUACCAUAAUUUAAUUAUGCUUUACUUUACAAACUUUACACCUUUCAGUUUCUAAAAUUUUAAAUUAACAAACAUUAUUUCUUGUGUUCUUGAGAGUUACUCGGUUUUGUAGGGGCUGUUUUGUUACUGCAUUUGUGCCCAGAAACCUUGACUCUGAAAUCUGUGCUGUGCGAACAAUGCACGAUUUUUAUCAUUAUCAUGCUUACUGCAUAGAAUUUUAUCUACUUGUUCCAGAAAUAAUACAUUAACCAAAAAAGGUUUUAAUUGUUCAGACGUGUAAGAGGUUCUUCAAUUACAUAGACAGCUCUUUCUUAUAAAUGAAAAAAAAAUCAGAUUUUUUUUAACAGUUCUAAGUCUUAACUGUUGCCUUGAAUUACAGCCUAGUUUCUAAGCAGUGAAAUGUAAUGAUAAAGAGGGAUAUUUUAACUAAGUAUUUCCGAAUGAAUGACUCAUUAUUUCAUUCUUUUGAGUAACCAUUGUUAAGGGUAGGUAGGGGAAAGCAUGGACCAAACAUCACUGGAAACAAAGGUCGUAACCACAGCAACAGACUUUGAUACACUUCAAAGGUGCAGCUACAGUGACAAAGAAAACCUUCUGUUACAUCUCCUUAUUGUCAGGCCAAGGUGGGAGGAUAUGGUAUAAUUGUACAGUAGCAAUUUUUUUCUCUUAAUUAACCCAAAGUGGUUUUAUCUAAAAAUAACCACAAGUCAGUUCAAACUGUGCCUGGUUCUUAAGGCAAAUUUUCAUUUAGAAGGUGAAACUAUAUUUGGGGAAUAUCUCAAAGGAAAAAUACAGAAGUUUUCUUACUGUGUACCACACCUGAGAAAGAACAUUAAAAAUCUAGUUCUUUCAGUAUAGAUGUGCUUAGUGGAGAAAACUCACCCCAGAAUAGACAGUAACAGUCUAUUGUUCCCUUGUUCAUGUUGUUCCUUUGGGGAUUUAGCAACAAAUUAUCCAAAACAAUAACCAAGAAGUAUUAGACAUCGAUCUAAAUCACAUAUGGGUUACAUGAUUGUGUUUUAAACUGAAUUCAAAUCAAAUUAAGAAAACCUGGCUUUUCCACAGCUGAAAUGACAACUUGGAUCUGUUGUCUACCUGACAGUUUAUUAGUGGAGAUAUCAUUAGUUUGUCCAUGGUAAUCACACAUUCUUUUUUUUUUCUUUUGAAUGUUGGACUCUAAAACAGCAAGUGUCAAUCACUGUUAUGUGAAGAGAAGCAUUUUUAUGGUUUAACUUAAUAUUCAUGACAUCAAAAGCAGAGGCAGAAAAAUAUCAGUCUAACAGAGUUCAAACACAAUCAAAAAUGGCAGAGAAAAGAGUUAGUGAGAAGGGAGGUCAAACUUCAUUCUUAACCCCUCCUGAGAAAUACUUUCUGUAUGCACAGAGUUUCACACAGGUUGAUCACAGAAAAUUUACAAACACCACCAGGAAGGACGAAUUUCAAAAUUGUAAAGCAAAUGUCUGUUGAAAUAAAAAAAAAAAAAGGGAAAGCAAAAUAAUGGAAAAAGAAAACCAUUAACUUUAAUGUAACUACAAAUGUCACGGUACUUGUAUCAAAUAUUUAGCAUCCCAGAUUUUGUAAAAUAUUUUGCAUAAAUUAUUUGCUAUUCAAUAUUUUUGUUAUUUAAGUCUAAUUUUAAUCUUAAUUGUUUUCCAGUUUCUUGUUUCUUUGCAAUGUAUUAUUCUGAUUGUUCUUGAUCCCUUACACUGAGAUUCAGCUCUGAACAAAAUUUAAACUGGGUUACAAAUCUAUUCUUUGUGAGUCUGAAAUCAAAUGGAAUUUUAUUAUAUAAAACAAAAUGUUAUUUGCAA